CAUGUGACGUCAGAGGCAGACAUGGCGGAGUACAGCCAGGCGGGCCUCCUGGCGGCUCUGCUCCUCUUCACCGCCCUCACGGUCCGAGACGUUUACCUCGGCAGAUCCAGCCCACACCGAGGACAGCAGCCGGCCGACAGACCCGGACACUCCCCGGACAGCCUGCCGGACACAGAGCCCGGAAGAGCCGCCAAAGCGUCGCUGUACAGCGGCCCGGUGCUCCGGUUCCGGUACUGCAUCUCCUGAGGUUACAGCAAAGUGUUCCAGGACUACUCUCAGGCCAUCAGCCAGGUGUAUCCGGACAUCCGCAUCACGGGGGAAAACUACCCCCCCAUCCCCUUCAACAGGGUUCUGGGGAACUUGAUCUCCUACCUGAAGCUGCUCUCCAUCCUGCUGAUUGUCAGCGGCCAGAAUCCCUUUGUCCUCCUCGGCCUCGACACUCCCCGAGCCUGGACCUGGAGUCAGGACAACAAGAUCUUCUCCUGUCUGAUGGCGUUCUUCCUGUGUAACAUGAUGGAGACUCACUUCCUGUCUACAGGAGCCUUCGAGGUCACUCUGAACGACGUCCCUGUGUGGUCGAAGCUGCAGUCCGGUUACAUCCCCAACAUCCAGGAGAUGUUCCAGAUCCUCGACAACCACCUGAAGAUGAACCAGGUGGAUCACAUGACCUUCUCCUCCACUUAAAGCUGCAGGUGUGCUGCGUUCAGAUGUCCCGGCUCAGUGGGAAGUUCAGCCGCUGGCGUUCAUGAAGGUCCGGCCCUAAAGCGGACUCUGCGGGGCCCGACCGGACGUCCUCCGCCACAAACCGAACACUCCCUCUGCACCCGGUCACAACUCAGAACCACAACCCCCAGAAUGCACCUGUGCAGUGGAGACGGCUGCUGCUAGUGGGUUAGCUUCAUGCUAAUUAGUCUCUGUGUGAUGAAUAAUUAGAGCUGAAACUGUUAGUCUGUUGUCUUUAUUUAAUGUGAAACAAGAACAUCUGCAAAUCAGUUUGAACUGAAACUGAAACACUGUGUGGCUGUGGAUGUUUUCUCUGAUUCCGUUCAGUGAUUGGUCAGGUGUGUAACUCACCUGUUUCAUCAAACUGAGUCAUAGUUUAGUGUUUUAGGUCCUGUAUCUGUUUACGUGGCUGAACGCCUGGUUCAGAUCAGUAAUCACGCUGGGUUUCAUGAAAUAAAAGAUGGUUGAAAUCUGA